AUGGUAUGGCCGCACAUGGCAACUGCGACUGCGGCGGACUCCCUGACCGAAGAACAGGUCUCUGAAUUCAAGGAAGCUUUCUCUCUGUUUGACAAGGACGGCGACGGACAAAUCACAACAAAAGAGCUGGGCACGGUGAUGAGAUCCCUCGGCCAGAAUCCUUCAGAAUCGGAACUCCAGGACAUGAUCAAUGAGGUGGACGCAGACAACAAUGGCACCAUUGACUUCCCAGAAUUCCUCACGAUGAUGGCCCGCAAGAUGAAGGACACAGACUCCGAGGAGGAAAUCCGAGAGGCAUUCAAGGUGUUUGAUCGCGAUAACAACGGCUUCAUUUCCGCCGCCGAGCUGCGUCACGUCAUGACCUCAAUCGGCGAGAAGCUCACGGACGACGAAGUGGAUGAGAUGAUUCGAGAGGCGGAUCAGGAUGGUGAUGGCCGCAUUGACUACAACGAAUUCGUGCAAUUGAUGAUGCAGAAAUGA